AUCCGGGGUUCCUAUUGGCUAGGAGCCUCCUUCGAGCCCCACCCACUUUCGCUUGAGGCUCGACCAAUGAGACGGCGCGAGAGGUGAUUUCGAAGGCAGCGCGGCGGGGAGGAAAGGCGGCGAGCGCGGAGCGGGCUGGUUUGAAGUGCGGCGGUUGGAACGGUCGGUUGGAUAGAGGCGAACAUGGAGGCUCCUUCCGCGCAGCAGCUGGAGGCGCUCAAGUACGGCGAGCUGAGGCGCCUGGCCAAGAGCGCGGGGCUGAAGGCCAACCUCAAGGCAGACAAGUUGUUACAUUUGUUGAAGCAGCACUUCCUUGCAUCAGUAAAGGAAAAUGGAAGUAUGGUAAACAAAAGAGGCUUAUCUACAGAUACAGAUGAGCUGGACAGCAGUCAAAGGCUUGUAAACGAGUCCAUGGUGACUAAAAGGCGUAGAAAACAGAAAUAUGAUGAUGCACAGGGAAACCCAGAAGGAAAAACAGAACUUCCAGAGAAAGAGAUUCUGACAGAGGUGACAGAAUGUGAAGAGGCCCAGGAAGUUGAGUCUAGAAAAACGCUGGAGACCAGCCAGAACAAGUGUCUGUUGAACAGUGGAACUGUAGAAAAUUUUGCAGAUAACUCAGAUACUGAAGGUCAACAAAAAGAGAAAAAAACCAGAAGAAAAGGAGGUAGGAUUAUUGUGGAUCCUGUCUCUGAAAAGAAACCUGGGAGAAAAGGAUUUGUUUCUACCACUCCAAACUUUAAGAAAAUUCAUGAGGCUCAGUUCAAGAAAAUGCAAUCUAUUGAUGAAUACAUUGAAAGGAAAAAUAAAAUGAUUCGCAACUUCAGCAAUUCAGUUAAUGAGGUCAAGAUGCUGGCUCAGAAGACAUCUCAAAACAGUAGUUCCAAGAAGCGUUCCAGUUCCAGAGGGUUUUUAUUAAGCCCUUAUCCUCAAAGGAAUAAGCAGUCUGCUGUGUGUACUCCCGUAAACUUGCGACACUCACCACGCAAUUCUUCUGGCACUGCAAACAAAAGCAUUUUAUCUCAAAAAUCAAUAUUCAGCUCAACGUGCCUCUCUACCACCAAGAUGAAUGUCAGAUUCUCUACAUCUACAAAGGAUAACGAGCACAAGCGCUCCCUUACCAAGACGCCAUCUAGAAAAACUCCUUUCCCAAACGUUGGUACCCCAGCCAGCCAGGAGAGCAAUAAGUCAAUAACUACGACAAAUUCCAAAGGAAGUGCAACAAAGCAUCAAUCAGCAGAAAUCCCAACAAACUCUGCCGUUACGCCUUUCAAGUUUGAAGCCACCAGCGCAAAGAAACCAGUAUUUGAUCUACAAGCAAGUCUGUCAAGACCUCUUAGCUAUCAGCCACACAAAGGAAAACUGAAACCUUGGGGCAAAUCAAAGGAGAAUCUCCAGUCUCCAUGUUCACACAAGAGAAAUUAUAAACAGCCACUUCUUCAGACUAGAGAAGAGAGGAGGGAGAGGCAUGUCCAGGAAAGAAAACAGAGAAAAGACGAAGUGCUUAGAUCCCGGAGAGGAUUAACUGUUACUUAAGGCCAACUCAAAAAUGACUUUGUAAAUAGCAUUUUAAUGCAAAACAUUUUCUUUCCUGUAAAUACAUUUACUUAUUUCCUAUGCAGUUAUAUUUUUAAGUCAAUCUGUUGUCUUGUACUGAACUAGCUUCAUCUAAUGAGAAAAUAUAGGCCACUGGUGUCAGCUAAUUCAGUUUUAACUAUCUGAAAAGGGGUUGUUAACAGCUUCAAACCUGCAACUAGUAAUACUUAACUUCUUUUGUGAAUGUCUUCUCUAGAUUCACUUACUAUCUUCUGGAAUAGCUGAAAACUAAAAAAUUAUUCCAGCUGUGGACCAAAAAAAGUGUAUUGUAUAAGAU